AGUGUAACUUUCAUCCCAAUAUCUCUUCAAAGAUAAGAAUCAUAAAGAAAAAACACACCUUAUCUAUCAAAAUCAUCUUCUCCCCACCAUCACCACCAAUGGCAGCCUCUCUCACAUCCUCUCUCUCCACCACCUUCUCCACCCUCUCUCUCCGCCGCUUCUCCACUAACCACCACCACCAUCAACCCACCUCAAUCUUCCUCCAAAAACCCCACAAUUUCCCUUCAUUUAAAGCCCAAGCAACAGACCCUGAAACAAUAUACAUGACUAGUGAUGAAGACCCAGAUGAGACUUACACUUUUGACCCACCUGAAAAGCCUGAAGAUUUUCAACCACCAAAGUCUUUUGAUGAAGAUGCCAUGGAAUCUGAAGAUGAAAUUGCUGCUGCUUAUGAAGAACUUUAUGGACCUGCUUACAGUGGGGUUUCUGUUUUGGGAAAUGAUGUUUAUGUUAUGGAUUCUAAAGUUAAAAAAACAAGUUCUUUUGGGAAAAUUAAAAAAGAUAAAAUCAGAGAUGGGUUUGAAGAAAGAGUUGUCCAGGUGAGGAGAGUGACGAAAGUGGUAAAAGGUGGGAAGCAAUUGCACUUUAGGGCAGUUGUGGUAGUGGGUGAUAAGAAAGGGAAUGUUGGUGUGGGAGUUGGGAAGGCGAAAGAAGUUGUUGCCGCCGUUCAGAAAUCAGCUACUAAUGCUCGAAGGAAUAUAAUCACGGUUCCAAUGACCAAGUACUCGACCUUUCCUCACAGGGCUGAUGGAGACUAUGGUGCAGCUAAGGUUAUGCUCAGGCCAGCAUCCCCAGGUACCGGAGUUAUUGCAGGAGGUGCGGUUAGAAUCGUAUUAGAAAUGGCAGGUGUUGAAAACGCAUUGGGGAAACAACUCGGUAGUAACAACGCCCUCAACAAUGCUAGAGCAACUGUCGUGGCAGUCCAGCAAAUGAGACAGUUUAGUGAAGUUGCUCGUGACCGUGGCAUCCCAAUGGAAGAACUCUGGAAAUGAUCAAAUUGUAGACGCAUGAGCAAACUGCAUGUAUUCUUUUGUGUCAAUGUUAUUCUUUAAGUUUGGUUCUUUUCUUGAACUAGAUCACAAUGGAAGUUAUCUAGUUGUUUUCAAGUGUCCAUAGCUUCUCUAGGAAAUUGCAAGGUUAGAGAUAUGAUGUUACCGAAGGAAUUUUGGAUCAAUCGAAUCAAGCUUGCUGAUA